CACUUUGGCUAAAAGAGAAGGAAGCUGUUGGCGAAGCCAACUUCUUUGACAUCGUAAACAACAAAAAGUCGCAUAGUGGUUGAGAAUUUUCCACUCUAAACGCACGCGCCUUUGCUUCCUUUUCCUCAAUUCCUUCAUUUUAUUCUCAUCAAGCCCACACCGCGUUCGCGCUUCUCUUUCUAUUAUCAUUCUCCAGAAUCUCCGCUUCUUCCGUUUCUUGGGGCCUUGGAGGAAGUUAUGUGCCCUCUGAGGUUCAUCUUGGUCUUCUUCUCCGCGGUGCUAGCGGGUUAUUUUGCGUGGAGGACGGUGCGUUCCUCGCCGGACACUCGCGUCGCUUCCGAUGAAUCUACUCGUGAAGACAAGUCUCCCACCAAGAAUGAUUUCAAUUUGAAACAGGCGAUUCAGAACGGAUUCUGGGUAUUCGUCGACAUGGCUAGUGGGAGGUAUCUCUGGAGAAAUCUGAGGGCUGUGAACAGGGACACGGAACAGAGAAACUCUUAGGACUAGUGUCCCCAAUAAUGGUCUUGCCCAAAUACGCACAAUCUUAUCUUCCUUAUUUUCUUCAUCUGUUUUGGAGAUGAAUGGCUGUAGUACUACAAUUUGAUAUGGAAAUGGACGAGGAGAAACUUUGGUGUAAAA